CCGCUGCCUCCCUCGGACGAGGAGUUGGAGGGGGAUUAACUUCCAAUGUUUCCUCUCAGCAGCAGGUCGACGCAGCUGUUGUCGCAGACGGUGCUUGCAGGUGGGUCGGCAAGCAACGGACGCGGCGAGUACACGACACUCCUGCAGCAGGGCUUGGGAGACGACGACGACGGGGGAGUUGAUCUUCGGUUCAGGUUAUGUUCUGGCGGCGGUGGGGAGCCGAGCCGCACGUUCAUCAUCGGCGCCGAUCCUUCACCACGUGGCGUUCAACAAUCUGGAAGUCGCCAUACAGAGCAGUCCACACUUCGUGGCGGUGCGUCCGUUACUGGCGGUGUCAGGCCAUCGGCAUCAGGCCGGCAGCAUGGAUCGAGUGCACCGACAGCCGAUCGAUUGACAAGCACCUGCCCCGCACGCCAUGGAGCCGUAGUCGGGUCCCUCCGCAUCGGCGGUACACUUCAUUCGACGUUCAAAACCACAACGCCGGCCCAACCCGACCUCAAGGACGACGGCACGUGCAGACCAGCGGUGCGUCCAGCACCCAGUGUGGAGAACAUCACACGAGGAGUGUCAAACAUGCGGGCACACAACAAUGGCGGCGACGACGAUGGUGGUGGCGGUGACGAUGUCGACGAACGAUCCGGGGAGGACAUGAAGGCAGGGGACGACGACGACGACAUUCCUAUUCGGCUUUUGGGGAAGACGGGUGGGAGGGGGAGAGGACGCAGCAGGGGUGCUGUUCAUCGUCGAUCCGUUGGCCGUGGGGGCAGAGGUGGCGUCAGCGAUGACGGCGGGAAGUCUGCGACGUACUGGUCCCCGGAAGAGCAAAUGCAACUGGUGAGAUGCAAGCGGGAGCAAGAGAUGCACCUCGCCGGUCUCGGUCACAAUUACGGGCGGAUGCGGACCAAGGAGUGGAAGUGGGACGACAUUGCCAAGCGCAUGGCGAACGCGGGGAGGCCUAAAGACGCGGAGGACUGCAUGAAGAAGUGGGAGAACAUCUUCCAAAACUACAAGAAGGUACAGAGCGGAGGACAGAUCUCCUGCGUCGCGGGGGUGUCCAUCGUCGUCAUGUCUUCUUCCCGUGGAGGACAAAUCUUUUGUCUACCACGUGCACGUCGUUGUCUUCUUCCCGCGGAUUAUAGAUCUCCUGCGUCGCGGGGGUGUCCGUCGUCGUCACGUCUUCUUCCCACGGAGGGCAGAUCUUCUCUGUACCAUGCACAAGUCGUCGUCGUCACGCCACAACCGCACGGGAGACACUUUUCACGGGAGACAUAUUUCCAGGAGAUAUAUUUUCUGCCACGUCGGCCACACUUCCCGCUCAUCCGAUCACACCGCCAAGCUCGCCUGCAAAGGUCGCCACGAAACAUGUCUACGCGAGGGAACACCCGUGGGAAGAAGCGCGACGUAGUCGUUGAUGACAGCCAAGGGCACGGAAGAGGGCGGCGGCAGGCCCCGAAAGUGAAGAGGCUGCAUACGGAAGAUGUGUCAGUAGGGGUGCCUCGUCGUGGAGCGCAAGGUUGGGCGGCGGCAGCAGAAGGGGACUACGACGAUGAGUUCACGACGGAGGAGGAGCAGGCGGAGGCGACCACGUCUGAGGUACGCAAGAGUGGUCGGCAGCGCUCUUCAGAUCACACCGCUUCGAAGAGGAUGAUGACCCCGCCACCCGAGGCGCAGCAACUGCGUGGCAGCGAAACGCGGACAGAGAAGGCUCUCGUCGUCGAUCUUGGCGGCGAUGAUGACGAGCCCUUGGAGAGACGUCGCAUUCGCAUUCAUACAGCAGCGACCCCACCGUCGGAGGUGGCCGUACUCGUUGCUGCAAAAGAAAGGCCAGUCUCGGGUAGGCUGCCCGCCACGCCGUGUCAGCCACAUCAGCACAACGAGGGUGGUAAUGGAGGGUUCGUCCAACGCGGCAGUGGGGGGGAAGUCGUGGCGGACGCGCGCGCAGUUGGCGCCGAGGAGGGAGGUGCUGCAGGGGCGGGCGGUUCAUGCACUGUGGCCGCCGUUGCGAUGGCGAGGGAGGAGGUAGCAGUUGGGGCGACGACCAGAGAGGAGGCGCGUGGCAAGAAGAAAGGCGAUCGGGAGGCGGGCGAGCGCGGUUCAAGCCGGGUACAUAGGAGUAGCAUGACAAAAGACCUCAUCGAUCGUGCCGUCUUUUGGGUUGAUGACAAAGCUUUCUGGACGAUGGGGGAGGGGCGAAGACUGUACAACAUCGUCCGCGAUACGAGAGAGUACUUCGUCACCAUCGCCAGCUGUCUUCUAACGCCUGUCGUCCCUCGGAGCGUCCGAAAUCCAGCACGCGUGUAGGCAGGAUCAUCGACCAAUCACAGCUGCAGCAAGCGAUCUCCCGUGCGGCGGCAUUUGAGAACGUGGCUCUGCGCAUC